AUGGAAAGUAAUAGGGUCUAGUAGAUGGAGAAGGAUGGAUUGAUUAGAGCAAUGAUUAUUAAGAAAUAUAUUCUAAAUUAUUUCAUUUAUAAAAUGAUUACUAAUUUAGUUCGUAAUAUAGUACAGUUUGGAGGUACUUCAACAUUCGAAAAAGCUAGAUUAUCAGCUACUUAUAAAGGGGAUUAUUAUUAUCCAAAUGAAAGUGACAUCGAGGGUAUUCCUUUUACAAAUUAUUAGCCAUAAUGCUUACACUUUCUGGCAAGGAUCCUGAAACACGUCCUCAAGUAGGAUUCACAACGAUCUUGGCCAAAUUGGAAUCAUCGCAAUCUAAAAUCUAUUGGAAUUACAUCAUAAAAAACUUAAUCAUCUUAGACAGGUGCAUCGAGUAUAGGUUCUUUGUCUCAGACAUUGCAGAUAUGAAUAUCAAUUAUGUAGAAAACUAUGUUGAACGAGAUCCCAAAUAUAGUAAUUCUUUUAUAAACCUAAUAGAAAGUCUAUCCAUGGAUUCAUUUAUUAGAAAGUAUUACCUCUAUUUGAAGAAGAAGGCUGCCUUGUACUCAAUCAAGAAAUCAAGUUUCAACACUCCCAAGGAAGAGAAGAAGAACUAUUUUAAGUAAUAAUCUGCUGAAAAUAUUUUCGAAGAAUUCAAUAAAGGAUAACAAUUAUUUGAUUAAAUACUUGAUGUAACAAUCAUAUCUAAAUAUUAGAUAUCUAUACACGAUAGAAAUGGCUUAUUAAAAUACCGAUUGAAUCAGUACGUCUAUUAAUUGCUAUUGUUUACUAUGCUCAAUUUGUAUUAUAACUCAUACAUUUUGAUUGUCAUCCUGAUUGAGAGGUUGCUCAAAAUGCCACUUAAUGAGGUCAAACAAUUCAAAGAGUUAUACAAUCAUUUUCUUAAGAACAAUGAAGUUCUUGUAAAUUUCAUAAAUACCAGACUCUACAUCAAAGGAUAUUCUGAUAUCAAUACAAGCGAGAUCGCUAGAAUUGAUACAAGAAUAAUAGGGGCUAUUGAGGAGUAUGUUAGAAUUGCUGAGAAAUCUUAGAGUUCAAUUGGAUUGUCAUAGGACAUCCAAAUUUCUAAAGAUCUUAUGGAUGAUGAAUUGAUCAUCCUCGAUCAAGUGGAAAAAAUGGGAGUUAGCAUAUAUAAAUAGGAUGGCAAAGAAGAACAAAAUAGAGGUAAAACCCAAUUUAAUAUUUGCAGGAGUCGGUCACAAAUUGAGUACUGUUCAAACUACUGCUUAGAAGGUCAUAAGUUUUGAAUCUAAAUUAAAAGAUUACUCACACAAAUACAUGAAAAAAUAUCCAUAAGGUGCAUUUAAUACUGAUGGGUUCAAAGAGGAUCUCUUCAAGGGCUUUAUGAAUAAUUAUUCAACUGAGUAUAUUGUGAUAGAUCCCAAAUUGUUUAAGACUUUGUCUUAUCAAAAUGAGAGAGAACCAAGUCAACCACACACAAGUUUGGAAGCUGAGUAUAAUGAGGAUGGAAUCAAAAUAGAAUUUAUUCAACCAAUAAAAGAUUUUGAUGAAAACGUAUUUAUUUUGAUUAAGGAUAUUUUUUGUUUUGAAGUUCCAAAACUAAUAGACAACAUUGAGGAAUUUCCCAAUGCAGAUGAGGAAGACUUUCCUGAUUACAAGGAUGAAGAAGACAAUUAUUGA